CCGGCCCCGCCGCCGCCGCCGAGCCCCGCACCAUGCCCGAAGCGGCGGCGGCCGCGGCGCAGGACGGAGAGCGGCCCCGGCGGGGCCCGGCCGCGGAGGAGCGAGCGGAACCGGCGGCGGCGCCCACCGGAGUGCUGGAUAAACUCUUCGGGAAGCGGCUGCUCCAGGCCGGGCGCUACAUCAUGUCCCACAAGGCCUGGAUGAAAACCGUGCCCACGGAGAACUGCGACGUGCUGAUGACAUUCCCGGACAGCACGGAUGACCACACGCUGCUGUGGCUGCUGAACCACAUCCGCCUGGGCAUCCCCGAGCUGAUCGUGCAGGUGCGGCACCACCGGCACACGCGCGUCUACGCCUUCUUCCUCACCGCCACCUACGAGAGCCUGCUGCGCGGGGCGGACGAGCUGGGGCUGCGCAAGCCGGUGAAGGCGGAGUUCGGGGGCGGCACCCGCGGCUUCUGCUGCGAGGAGGAUUUCAUCUACGAGAACAUCGACAACGAGCUCGGCUUCUUCAGCUCCCAGGAGCGGCAGAGCAUCAUCCGCUACUGGCUGGAGAACCUGCGGGCCAAGCAGGGCGAGUCCCUGCACAACAUCCACUUCCUGGAGGGCCAGCCCAUCAUCCCGGAGCUGGCCGCGCGCGGGGUGAUCCAGCAGCUGUUCCCGCUGCACGAGCAGAGGAUCCUCCAGCGCCUGAUGAAGUCCUGGGUGCAGGCGGUGUGCGAGGCGCAGCCCCUCGAUGACAUCUGUGACUAUUUCGGGGUGAAGAUUGCCAUGUACUUCGCCUGGCUGGGCUUCUACACCUCGGCCAUGGUGUACCCGGCCGUGUUCGGCUCCAUCCUCUACACCUUCACCGACAGCGACCAGACCAGCCAGGACAUCUCCUGCGUGGUCUUUGCCAUCUUCAACGUCAUCUGGGCCACGCUCUUCCUGGAGGAGUGGAAGCGCCGCGGCGCCGAGUUCGCCUACAAGUGGGGGACGCUGGACACGCCCGCCGAGUCCCUGGAGGAGCCCCGGCCCCAGUUCCGGGGCACCAAGCGGAUCAGCCCGGUGACCAGCGCUGAGGAGUUCCAUUACCCGCCCUGGAAGCGCCUCCUGUUCCAGAGCCUGGUCAGCCUGCCCGUGUGCCUGGCCUGCCUCGCCAUCGUCUUCCUCCUCAUGCUCGGCUGCUUCCAGCUGCAGGAGUUGGUGCUCAGUGUCCAGGAGCUGCCGCGCGUCCUUCGCUUCCUGCCCAAAAUCAUCCUGGCCGUCAUUGUCACCGCCUGUGACGAGCUCUACAAGAAAGUGGCCUUGUGGCUCAAUGACAUGGAGAAUUACCGGCUGCAGAGCGCCUACGAGAAACACCUCAUCAUCAAAAUGGUCCUGUUCCAGUUCGUCAAUUCCUACCUGAGCCUUUUCUACAUCGGGUUCUACCUCAAGGACAUGGAGCGCCUCAAGGAGCUCCUGCUCAUCCUGUCCCUGUCGCAGAGCCUCGCGCGGCAGCUCCGGGAGGCUCUGCUCCCCUCCAUCCUCCUCCACCUCCACCUGUCCCUCAUCUUCCUCAGGCGCCUCCUGCGCUUUUGCUGGACCCUGGGAGUAUCCAAAAUGCUGGCCACGCUGCUGAUCACGCGGCAGUUCCUGCAGAACGUGCGGGAGGUGUCGCAGCCCCACCUGUACCGGCGGCUCCGCCGCGGCGACCUCGGCGUGCGGAGCCUGCGGGAGCUCGGGCGCGCCCUGCUCCGCCUGCUCGGCCCGCGGCCGAGCCCGCCCGCCGCCGCCGAGGGGCAGAGGGGCGAGAAGAAAUGCCUGAACGGGGGCUGCGGGGUGCCCGAGGAGGAGGAGGAGGAGGAGGAGGAAGAGCGGCGCGGCUCGGACUCGGAGGAGGAGAGCGCGCUGGACUGCGGGCUGAAGCUGAAGAAGGUGAGCUUCAUCGAGCGCGCCGAGCGCCGCGCCGAGCCCGGCGGGCCCGAGGACGAGCCCUUCCUGGAGGAGGGCAGCCCCACCAUGGUGGAGAAGGGCAUGGACCCCGCGGCCGUGUUCGAGCUCUGCGAGGAUGAGGAGGAGGCCGAAGCGCAGCCCGGCAGCCCCGGCAGGACGGCGGAGCCGGCGAGGAGGAGGAGGAGGGAGGAGGAGGAGGGCGAGGAGGAAGGGAGGAAGCGCAACCGCGCCUCGUGGAUUGACCCCCCCGAGGAGGAUUACUCCACGCAGCUGACCCAGGCCGAGGUGGAGAGCUGCAUGAAGAAGUACGAGGACACCUUCCAGGACUACCAGGAGAUGUUCAUCCAGUUUGGCUACGUGGUGCUCUUCUCCUCGGCCUUCCCGCUGGCGGCCGCCUGCGCGCUGCUCAACAACGUCCUGGAGAUCCGCAGCGACGCCUUCAAACUCUGCAGCGGCCUGCAGCGACCCUUCGGGCAGCGCGUGGCCAGCAUCGGCCACUGGCAGAAGGUGAUGGAGGCCAUGGGCGUGCUGGCCAUCGUGGUGAACUGUUACCUGAUCGCGCAGUGCGGGCAGCUGCAGCGCCUCUUCCCGGGGCUCAGCCCCCAGGCCGCCAUCGUCUGCGUCGUGGUGCUCGAGCACUUCGCCCUGCUCCUCAAGUACGUGAUCCAGGUGGCCAUUCCCGACAUCCCCGCCUGGGUGGCCGAGGAGAUGGCCAAGCUGGAGUACCAGCGCCGCGAGGCCUUCAAGAAGCACGAGCGGCAGGCCCAGCACCACUUCCAGCAGCAGCAGCGCCGCAAGCGCGAGGAGGAGGAGCGGCAGCGCCACGCCGAGCUCCAGGCGCGCCGCGACCGCGACCCCGCCCGCGACGAGGCCACCAAGGCCGAGGCCACCGGGCAGGACCCGGCGCACGACAAGGGCCAGGCCAAGGGGAAAAGCUCCGGCGGCUCCUCCGCGCACGGCCCCGACAAACCCAAGCGGCCCAGCUCGCUGCUGGCCACCAACAACGUGAUGAAGCUGAAGCAGAUCAUCCCCCUGCAGGGCAAGUUCCUGUCCGGGGGCACCGGCGCCACCGGCACCGCCACCGCCCGGUCGCCGCAGUCGCCCACGGGCAGCGAGAACAAACUGCCGGGGUUCCUGAGCUUCAAAUUCCUCAAAUCGCCCGAGACUAAGCGGGACGCGGGCACCGAGAAGGUGCAGUCGCCCACCAAGCCCUUCAACCCCGGCAAGCUCUUUAAUUUCGGCAAGUCCGAAGGGCUCGGUGCCAACGGGGGCGCGGCCGGAGCGGCCCCGCAGCCCCGCGCGGGGCCCUCGGCGGACGCGGCGCCCGGGAAGUCGCAUCUCAACGAGGAAGGGGCGCGGGAGGAAGCGGAGAACCGGGCGGAGGAGGAGGGAGGCGGUGCCCGGCUCUGACCGGGGGCUCCGGGGGUUCCGGGGGGUCGGGAGGAGCCGGGCGGGGGAGGAGGAGAGCGGCGGUGCCCGGUUCUGAGCGGGGCUCCGGGGCCUCGGGGAGCCGGAGAACCGGGCGGAGGAGGAGAGCGGCGGUGCCCGGUUCUGAGCGAGGCUCCGGGGCCUCGGGGAGCCGGAGAACCGGGCGGAGGAGGAGAGCGGCGGUGCCCGGUUCUGAGCGGGGCUCCAGGGCCUCGGGGAGCCGGAGAACCGGGCGGAGGAGGAGGAGAGCGGCGGUGCCCGGUUCUGAGCGGGGCUCCGGCGGUCCCGCCGGUUCCGGGAGCCGCUCGGUCCCUGCUGCGCGCGGCCGUGGCCGUCGGGAGCCUCUCGCCGCCGCUCGCCCGCGGGGCCGGCCCGGGGGCCGCCAGCGCCGCGCUCCGCUCCGGUGCUCUGUGCUGUGUCCCGCCGUGUCCCCCCGGUCCCCCGGGCUGUCUCCCCCCGUGUCCCCCCGGUCCCCCGGGCUGUGUCCCCCCGGGUCCCCCCGGCCCCGCCGCGCGGAGCCGCCGCCACCGCCCCGGGCCCCGCGCGGGGACAGCGGGGGAGGCCUGAGAGCGGCGAGGCGGCGAAAUCCCGGGACCGGGGGCACGGCGCGAGUUAUCCCGGUGCGGCCGGGACGUCCCGGGGCGGCUGGAGCGUCCUGAAACUUCCCAGGCUCACCGGAGGGACUUAUCCCGGUUUCCAUGGGCACCGGGGGCAGUUAUCCCGGUUUUUGGAGCAUCCCGGUUUCCAUGGGCACCGGGGGCAGUUAUCCCGAUUUCCAUGGGCACCGGGGGCAGUUAUCCCGGUUUAUCGGAGCAUCCCGGUUUCCAUGGGCACCGGGGGCAGUUAUCCCGGUUUUCCAUGGGCACCGUGGGCAGUUAUCCCGGUUUUUGGAGCAUCCCGGUUUCCUUGGGCACCGGGGGCAGUUAUCCCGGUUUUCCAUGGGCACCGGGGACAGUUAUCCCGGUUUUUGGAGCAUCCCGGUUUCCAUGGGCACCGGGGGCAGUUAUCCCGGUUUCCGUGGGCACCGGGGGCAGUUAUCCCGAUUUCCAUGGGCACCGGGGGCAGUUAUCCCGGUGUUUGGAUCAUCCCGGUUUCCUUGGGCACCGGGGGCAGUUAUCCCGGUUUCCGUGGGCACCGUGGGCAGUUAUCCCGGUUUUUGGAGCAUCCCGGUUUCCAUGGGCACCGGGGGCAGUUAUCCCGGUUUUCCAUGGGCACCGGGGGCAGUUAUCCCGGUUUCCAUGGGCACCGGGGACAGUUAUCCCGGUUUUCCAUGGGCACUGGGAGCAGUUAUCCCGGUUUCCGUGGGCACCGGGGGCAGUUAUCCCGGUGUUUGGAUCAUCCCAAACUCUCCACGCUCCCAGAGACGCCGCGCUCCAGCCUUUGGAUCCUCCGGGAGCCACAUCCCGCUCCUGGAAUUCCCGGAAUUCCCGGGACGAGCCCGAUUCAGCCGUGCCUCACAACCCUGCUCCGCCCGCUCCCCCCCCCCGCGCCUGGAUCCCGGAUCCCAAAUCCCAAUCCCGGAUCCCAAAUCCCAAUCCCGGAUCCCAAAUCGCGGAGAUCCUUCCCGGGAGUUUUCCAGCCGGGAAUGGGGCGCGUUUCCCGGGAAUGCCGUGCAUGGGCAGCGUUUCUUGCACUAAAUCCCAACCCCGAUCCCGCCGCCGGUGCCGCUUCUCCCAAAUCCCAAAUCCCAGCGGGACAUUCCCGGCUCCAGCUCCGAAUUCCCUGGAAUUCUGUCGCAAUAAGGGGCGGGGCAAGGAGGGGACACGGGGAGGGACAAUGGGGGAGGGGGUGGGAGCCGCUUCGCUGCUGCCGCGGGAGGGAAUUCCGGGAUUCCCGGGAUUUCUUGGAUUCCCGGGAUUUCCUGGAUUCCCUGGAUCGCCUUUUUCCAGCGGGAUCCACGCUGGGAAUGCGCUCCCUCCUUUCCCUGCUUCGCUUCGCGGGGUUGGUGGCACUUGGGGACAUCCAGAGGUGGCACCUGGGGACAUCCAUUCCCAAAGGGAAAAAUCUGGGAAAAGAGGAAAAAUCUGGGAAAAGGCGGGGAGGGGGGUGGGGGUGGUCCCGAGUCCCCUCCUGUUCCCUCUUCCCAAAAAUCAGGUUGGAAUUUUUGGGGGUUUUUUUUCCCUCCUCCUCUUUCGAAGAAUCCAUGGAAUUUCGAAGAAUCCAUGGAAUUUCAAAGAAUCCAUGGAAUUUUGGGGUUUAUUUUUUUUUGGGAUCCCAAAUCGAAGCCAUUUUCCAGAGCAAUAAGGGCGGGAAAAUCCGGGAUUCCCAAAGGGAAAGCUCCGUGUUCCCACUCCGGGGCGGGAAAAAUCCCGGUGGGAUCCGGGAGGGAAAUUUGGGAAUGUGGGAAGUGGGGAUGGAGAUUGGGGAAGGGAAAUUUGGGAAUUGGGGACGGAGACCGGGAUUAGGGCUGGAGUUUGGGAAUGGGGGAGAGAUUUUGGGAUGGGAGGCUGAGGUUUGGGAUUGGGGAUGGAGAUUGGGAAUUCAGGGCAGAGCUUUGGGAAUUGGGGAUUUGGGAAUUGGGAAUGGGAUUUGGGGAUUUGGGAAGGUGGAGAUGGAGAUUUGGGAAUUUGGGAUGGAAAUUUGGGAUGGGGAUUUGGGAAUUUGGGAUGGGGAUUUGGGAAUGUGGGAUGGAGAAUUGGGAAUUUGGAAUGGAGAUCUGGGAAUGUGGAGAUGGAGAUUUGGGAAUGUGGAAAUGGAGAUUUGAAAAUUUGGGGAUGGAGAUCUGGGAAUGUGGAGAUGGAGAUUUGGGAAUGUGGAGAUUUGGGAAUUUGGGAUGGGGAUUUGGGAAUUUGGGAUGGGGAUUUGGGAAUGUGGGAUGGAGAAUUGGGAAUCUGGGAUGGAGAAUUGGGAAUUUGGGGAUGGAUAUUUGGGAAUGUGGAGAUGGAGAUUUGGGAAUUGGGGAUGCAACUUCGGGCUUGGGGAUGGAGAUUUGGGAAUUUGGGACGGAGAUUUGGGAAUGUGGAGAUGGAGAUCUGGGAAUGUGGAGAUUUGGGAAUUUGGGAUGGAGAUCUGGGAAUGUGGAUGCAGGAGGAUCCCAAUCCCCCCCACCUGCCCUGGCCUGGAAUAUCCUGGGGCAAAUCCUGGGAAAAGGGAGCCCUGGGAACGUUGGGAAUUCCGGGAAACCAAGAGCCCAGAACUCCAGGAGCCUCCGGCUCCUCCUCCCUCCCUCAUCCCACGGGAUUUUCCCAAAAAAACCCCGGGAAUGGCUUUGAUCCCGUUUCCCUCUGGAGUGGAGAAUUCCCAGAGGGAAAAGCCCCAAAUCCGGGGAAUUUCCAUCCCUUCCCCCCCCC